AUGUUUUCGCUCAAGAGCGCAACUCUGUAUUGCUUGGCUACGGUCUCUCAACUCGUAUCCGCCUGGCCCACGCAGCAUCCCGAACAUGUCAACAUCCUCACUCGUGCUGAGCAGAUUGCCUCGGAGUAUGAUUAUGUCAUUGUCGGUGGCGGCACAUCAGGUUUGACAGUUGGAGAUCGACUUACGGAAGAUGGAAAAUACACGGUAUUAGUGGUUGAGUAUGGCUUCUACGACAGCCAAACAGGCAUGAAUCCGAGGCGCAUGUUCAACAUCACAUCCAAGCCGUGCCCAAACUUGAACAACAGAAGCUUUUCUGUUGGCAUUGGAUGUGUCGUAGGUGGCAGCUCCAGUGUCAACGGCCAAGUCUUCUUAAGAGGUACCAAAGAUGAAUACAACGCCUGGAAGGAACUCGGCGGGCCUGGGUCAACAUGGGACUGGGACAACUUGUUGCCUUACUUCAAGAAGGGCAUCACCCUCGCACCCCCUGAUGCAAACCAGGCGCGAGAGUAUAACAUCACUUACGACAUGAAGUACUGGGGCACCACGUCCAAGAUCUACGGCGCCUUUGGAAAGGGUCCAUUGACAUCGAUCAUGAAGACCCUUUACAAUGCCAUGGCCAAGAUGCCAGGUAUGACUAUUCCCGUCGACAGCGGCGCUGGCGAGGCCGGUCUUUACUGGUACCCAAUGUCCCAAGACCCGGUCCAAUUCCAGCGCUCAUACGCCCGAACUGGCCAUUGGGAUGGUCUCAACCGCGCAAAUUAUGAGAUGAUUGUAGGUGCAAGAGUCAAUCGGAUUCUCUUCGACGGCGACACCGCCACAGGUGUGCAAUUCGUGUCACGUAACAACACCGGUGCCGCACCAGUUCAAGUCAGAGCACGCCGAGAGGUCAUCCUUGCCGCUGGUUCGGUCCACACGCCACAGGUCCUUAUGCUCAGCGGUAUCGGCCCUCGCGCCCACCUUGACCAGGCUCGCAUUCCCGUCAAGGUUGAUCUCCCUGGAGUCGGAUCCAACUUUCAAGAUCACAGCUACAUUCCCAGCAUUUCAUACCAGUGGGGCAGAGCGCCACCUAACACUGGCGGUGGCGGCUGGGGUGGCGGUGGCCCGCCGUCUCUUGCCUCCAUGGUUGGAUUGCCUGUUGUUAGCCCCGAUAGGUACGACGCGUUGGCCAGGGCAUACGAGGCCCAGGAUCCCAAGUCUCAUCUGCCGUCAAGCUACACAGCGGAGCAGAUUGAAGGGUACAAGCAGCAGCAGAAGGUGUACGGCAGACUCAUGCGUUCCAAGAACACCGUGUUCUCCGAGAUGAUGAUGUACGGCCCUGGAGGCUCUGUUCAGAACCUUCAUCCCAUGUCCCGCGGCAACAUUCUGCUCAACACGGGCCAGCCCGAGAGUGAGAUGUUUGUGGACUACCGCGCUGCCUCCAACACCAUCGAUCUCGACGUCAUGGCAGAGAUCAUCAAGUUCAUGCGCCGAUUUAUGACCACCGGCGAUCUUGCGCAAUACCAGGCCCGCGAGACAUCUCCUGGUACUGGUGUCUCGACUGAUGCUCAACUUGUCAACUGGGCGAAGGGUCAGAUUAUUCCUUCUGUGUUCCACCCCGUGGGCACAACUGCUAAAAUGCCCCGGGAGUGGGGUGGUGUCCUUGAUGAGAACCUGCUGGUUUACGGUGUCAAGAAGCUUAGAGUCAUCGAUGCUUCGAUGAUGCCUACAACUGUUGGUGCCACAACCUCCAUGACCGUCUACGCCGUGGCCGAAAAAGCCGCCGAUAUGAUCAAGGCUCAAACCCAAUAG